GCGCGCCCCCUCAUCAGCCAAUUCGGAGCCCCGCUACCUCCCGCGCUACCCGCCGCCUCGUCACUCUACGCACACCGGAAAAAGAAAAAACGAGCGAGCAGAAGCGGGAAGAGACGAGGAGGCGGCGCGAAGCGGGGGUCGACGGCGGCGCGCAGGUUGUGCCGUGAGCUCCUCUGUCUGAUUGAAGUAUUGCUAGCUGUUGUGAGCGAUUGAAGGAACCCCUUGUAGAUUCAAGUUUACCGGCUUGGGUCUCAGCUUAUAGGGACAGGCUUGAAUACGAGAGAAGUUAAGGGAUCUUAAAUGGCAGGUCGAUCAGGUGUGGUGGUAAUAGACAAUGGGGGUGGUCUUCUGAAGGCUGGUUUUGGUGGGGACAAGGAUCCAAUUGCUGUAGUCCCCAACUGUAUAGCAAAGUCCCCUGGUUCCAAUGCAAAUUCGAAGAAAUGGCUAGCGGCUGACCAGCUGCAGGCACAGGACAUUGAUGUGACUGGUAUGACAUUGAGGCGUCCUAUUGACCGUGGCUAUCUUAUAAAUACAGAGGUGCAACGGGAGGUGUGGGAACGGGUUCUGCGCAACCUACUCCAGGUGGAUCCUACAAACUCAUCCUUGUUACUGGUGGAGCCACAGUUCAACCCUCCAGGACUACAGCAUGCAACUGAUGAACUUGUGUUUGAGGAGUUUGGCUUCAAAUCUCUUUGUGUUGCAGACGCUCCUUCCCUUGUCCACCUUUAUGAGGCCAGCCGGCAGCCUUCGCUUUUUCAUGCCCAAUGCAGUCUUGUUGUUGACUGUGGCUUCUCCUUCACCCAUGCAUCUCCUGUCCUUCAGAACUUUACGCUCAAUUAUGCUGUGCGGCGCAUGGACCUUGGUGGCAAGGCCCUCACAAACUAUCUCAAGGAGCUUGUUUCAUACCGUUCCCUUAAUGUAAUGGAUGAGACCCUCCUCAUUGAUGAUGCUAAGGAAAAGUUAUGCUUCGUAUCCCUUGACGUUCCUCGUGAUCUUCACCUUGCCAGGCUAUCAUUUAAGGACAACCCAUUUAGAUGUUCUUACAUUCUCCCAGAUGGGAUAACAUACAAGAAAGGAUUUGUCAAAGACUUGGAUGAAGCACGUCGAUACUGUUCAUUGCCUGUCGACGGAGAAUCAGAUAUAAAAUUUGGUGACAGUAACAUAGACAAGUCUGAAGAUCGAAAAAAGCCUGAAUUAAGUCAAAAUGAAUUUGCCUUGACCAAUGAGAGGUUCCUUGUCCCGGAGAUGCUUUUCCAUCCAAUUGAUCUGGGUAUGAAUCAAGCUGGCCUUGCGGAGUGUAUAGUCCGUUCUGUACAAGCUUGCCAUCCAUUUAUUCAACCUGUGCUUUUUGAGAGCAUAAUCUUGACAGGUGGAAGCACGCUAUUCCCUAGAUUCACUGAAAGACUGAAAAUAGAACUUCGGCCUCUUGUGCCCGAGGACUAUCAUGUGAAGAUAAUUCCUCAGGAGAACCCGAUUCUUGGUGUCUGGAGAGGAGGAUCCAUCCUAGCGUCGAGCCCUGGUUUUGAAUCAAUGUGUGUUACAAAAUCAGAGUAUGAGGAAAUGGGAUCAGCACGGUGUCGGCAAAGGUUUUUUCACUGAAGAGUUAGUCCAGACUCCAGAGGCUCAGGAGAGGUGAAUGUAGUUUGUAAAUAUGAUGCAGCCUAAUUUAUAUGGCGUGUUUAACAACUUCAUGCAAAUUAGAAGUCUCGUUUGCAGGUAAAAUUAAUCACCAGUUUCUGCAAAUCGUUCUUCAGGUUAAGUAUUGCACUAGGAACUUGGCUGAUUUAACACUUGUAGCUUAUCAGAGGUUGGUUUCCCCUCUGCGUUGUGAGAUUUGCCUGAUUCGGCCUGUAGGAGCAAUGGCACCGAUUUUAGUACCGGCGUGUAGAAGUUGUAGGAAUUUCCUUUUUCCCUAAAUAUGUAUUGGGAGAUUUUUGUAAGAACUCUGGCAAAUUGUGAUAAACUUUUGCAUGAGCGAAUCCAGUUCUGAGAGGAUUUAGUUACAGGUUC